AUGAAAGAGAUUGAACGUGCGAUUCGAAGUUUGAAAUGUGGUAAGGCUGCGGGACUAGACAGAGUUACUGCUGAAAUGGUCAAGUACGGUGGGCCUCGCGUCUGGGACAGCUUCCAUCUGCUGUGCAAUUUGUGCUGGUGGACGGGAGAUGUCGCGGAUGAUUGGCGAUCCGCGGUCAUUGUGCCUUUAUAUAAAGGUAAAGGUUCACGUUUUGACUGCGGGUGCUAUCGGGCGAUCAGCUUGACCAGUUUAGCAAGUAAAGUUUACUCGAAGGUUUUGACACGUAGGAUGCAAGAGAAAUCGGAAAGAUUCUUAUGGGAGGCACAAUGCGGAUUUAGACCUGGAAGAGGAUGCACGGAUCAAAUGUUUUCUCUCCGCAUGAUCACGGAGAAGCUUCUGAGUGUUAACCAGAGGAUUUUCUGUGCUUUUGUGGAUCUGGAGAAAGCAUUUGAUAAGGUUAUAAGGAAGAAAAUGUGGGAACUGUUGCCGGGAUAUGGUGUGGAUGGUCGAUUGUUAAGGGCUGUGCAGUCACUUUACUAUGACUGUAAAGCCUGUGUGCAGGUAGGGCAUGACCUGUCACCCAUGUUUAGCGUCCAAGCGGGCGUAAAACAGGGUUGUGUCAUGUCUUCCUGGCUGUUCAUACUGUAUCUCGACAGCUGUUUACAGAAGCUGAAAAAUAGCUGUUUGGCAUAUCACUGCAAGACUUCAAGACACAGAUUUACACAGAAAACUAAGGCUGAUGUAUUCAGAGCUAAAAAAUUUGGAACUAUCUUCUAA